AUGGCAAUUCCUAGCAACAACAAUGCCAGCAGCUUCUUCUUCAUACUGAUGGAUCUCCCAGGGCUGGAGACUGCUCCCUUCUGGACAGCUAUUCCUAUAUGCCUUAUCUACGGUCUCUCUUUUGUGGGCAACAUCAUCAUAUUGUACAUUGUCAAGUCUGUGCCCAGCCUUCACACACCCAUGUACCUCUUUCUUUCCAUGCUUUCCAUGGCUGACUUGGGCCUCUCAGCUUCUACGCUUCCUUCAAUGGCAGCCGUCUUUCUCCUGGGCCAGAGGCAGGUGGGAGCCGCAACCUGCUUUACGCAACUCUUCUUCAUUCACACGUUCUCAGUCAUUGAGUCAGCCGUGCUGUUGGCCAUGGCUUUUGACCGCUGCGUGGCUAUCCGAGAGCCCUUACGCUACGCCACCAUCCUCACAGCCCGGCGCACGGGGGCCAUUGGGCUGGCCAUUGCGAGCCGCGGCGCUGCCCUUCACCUGCCCCUGCCUGUGCUCCUCGCCAGGCUGCAGUUCCAGCCGAUGGGCGCUUUGUCCCAUUCCUACUGUGUUCACCCUGAUGUGCUAAGGCUGUCCCUUUCCAGCACUCGUGUGAACAGUGGCUUUGGGCUCUUUGUCAUGCUUUCCACGUUGGGGACAGACGCUGUACUCAUUCUCCUCUCCUACGUGCUGAUCUUGAGGACAGUACUGAGCAUCGCUUCCAAUGCUGAGCGGCUCAAAGCCUUCAACACCUGCAUUUCCCACAUCUGUGCUGUGCUACUCUUUUAUACCCCACUAGUCAGCCUGUCGGUGAUCCAUCGCUUCGGGAAAAAGAAACUUCCAGCUCAGGUAUACGUGCUUCUCUCCUAUCUGCACUUUCUUGUACCUCCAAUGCUCAACCCAAUUGUCUACAGUGUAAAAACCAAAGAGAUCCGGGUACGCAUUCUGAAGAUGCUCCGCUCCUAA